UAGUAUUUUUAGGGUUAGGAUCUAUGUAAUGAAGACAACAGGUAUAUAAAUUUUUGACAACAAAUUAUUUUGUGUGUUUUUUUUGCCUUGCUGACCUCAGCAAAAAUUUUAAACCAUUAUAUCUCCUUAGGCGUUCGUUGAGAACAUAUUAUCCUAUACAUUAUUUUUAUCUUUGUUUCAACAACCUAUACAUAUUAUAAGCAACGGAUGAACUAAAUAUAGCCAAUAUUUUUUUUGUAUUUGUACUGCUAACGUCAGCAAUAAACUAAAUAAAUAAACUAAACUAAAUAAACUUAUUUUUUCAUUGUCCUUUUGCCUAAGUGCAAUUCUCCCAAGGGUUUAUCGAUUAAAUUAUAGCCAAUUUAACUACAUCGUACAAAUAAAAAUUACGAAAGCAUGUAAAUAGGACGCGUUGGAAAUCAACGGUUGGUAUAAGAGUUAGACCUUUAUCGUUUUGGAAACUCUCAUUUGGUUGCAAUCAAAUGAUGGAGAUAAGGCCAGUAUUAAGAGUUGUAGCGUUAAUGUCACUUCUUUUAUAUAUGUACGUGCUAACAUUGUUUACCUUUCAACAGACAUCGUAUGAACAUUUUACUUCGGAGAUACGAGAAGAGCUGUUACAAUUGGAAAACCGUUCUAAGUAUGUUCAAAGUCACUACAAUAUCCGAAAAGUGAAAGUAGAGGAAGAUAAAGACGCGCUGACAGAGUUGUUAUCUGUUCCGUUUAUCUUGGAUCCAAAAUUGAGAACAAUUCAAUAUGUUCAUGAUAUGGUUUAUGAAACGUUAGAUCAGCUUCAAAAUGAAGAAAACUGUGAAGAAAAGAAAAUAAUUCGAUGCACAUACUCUGGUGAUGGUGAUUUUGCAUCUAUAAUGAAAAAAUAUGCGAUAUGUUUACAGAUUGCAUUUGCGACGAAACGUAUGUAUUUCAUUGAUUAUGAACCCAAAUACAAUAAUUUAGGCUGGUUUACUGAACUUGAAUCGACGAAAUGCAGAUUCUUGAAACACAAGCUUUCAUCUAUUGAAAAUAAAUGCAAUUUUAACGACGCAAGAUGCAAAGAGUCCGUCUUACAAGUAAACAAUUCAUAUAAACUAUUACAACUAACAGAUUUUAAAAAUUUAUCCAGUUCAAGAUACAUACAUGGUAUGAUGUCAAAGAAAAUGGAAGAGGAUUUGAGAGAGUCAGGUGUUAAAAAUCCAAUCCUUUGGUUCACAUCCCAGUUCUACGGUUACAUGUUAAGACCAAGUAAAGUUUUUAAAAAGAGAUUUAAUUAUCUGAUGAGAUUCGUUAACAUUCAAAAACCAGCAGUUGGGUUUGCAGUACAAGGGGAUGUAUCUACGCAGGUAGCAGCGUUGAAAGUACAAACAUCAUUAUUGACAACCGCAAGGGAUAUCUAUGUGGCUGGUAAAAAAAAGGUGUUCAUUGAAAGACUGUUGAACCAAAAUGAAACCCGUUUUCAUGUUAAAAGAAUACCGGAGCUUAAGUUGUACAGUAUUGAGGAGUACCGUGAUAAUACAGACACAAAAAGCAUGAGAGCUUUGGUAGAUUUAUAUUUUUUGCUGCAGUGUGAUCAAAUCAUAUUAUCAUCACAGACGAGUUUUGGAAAGCUAGUACUAGCGCUGAAAAGAGCGGUUUAUCCUUACGACACAAACCACGUAAUCGAUCUUGCAAUAUAAAACUACUUUAACUAUCUAUAUGUUUUAUGUACUAGUAUAAAAAGGCAAGUGUGGAGGAGAGUGAGGGGAAGAUUUAAUUUAUUGCACGAAUUAACUGUAACUUAUUUGUAAAAGUUAACUUCAAUUUAUUUAUUUUAAAAUGUGACUUACAUUCCAAAAGUGACAGACAGAUCAAAAUUGAUUUCAAAGUAAGCAAAUAGCGAAAAAAUAGCGAAAUUGCGUACAUAACAUUCUUAUCUAGUUUUUUACGUCACUACUUCAAUUUUCGACUUCACUUUGAACUUAUCAAAUUAUGAUUUCAUCCCAAUUAUCCUGAUUAUGAUGAUAUACCUUUAGAGAAUAACUCUGAGGUGAUAAUUGCGUACGUAACAUUCUUAUCUAGUUGCUUACGCCACCACUUGAAUUUUCGGCAUUACUUUGAACUUAUCAAAUUAUGAUUUCUUCUCAAUUAUCCUGAUUAGGAUGAUGUACCUUUAGAGAAUAACUCUGAGGUGUUUAAUUUCGCACAUAACAUUCUUAUCUAGUUGUUUACGCCACCACUUGAAUUUUCUGGCAUCACUUUGAACUUAUCAAAUUAAGAUUUCUUUCCAUUUAUACACUUGUGUUAUUUUCUAAAGGUAUAUCAUCCUAAUCAGAAUAACUAAUAAUGCAACCAUAACAAAAAAUAACAAAAUAAAAGUUGUUCAUAUUAUUUUAAUCCAGUGCUCGCUGUCCUUUUUAUUUUUUUAUACUGCAUUUCACUUGUCUCGCUACAGCGGUUACCAUUUUUCGUGACAAACAGACGUAUAUGGGUAUUAUUAUACACAAAAAAAAAUUCACGGGUUUGGCCGUCCUUUAUAUUUACCGGUCGCAACAAAAUGGAUGAAAAUAUAUAUUGCAUUUGAUAUUCGUGUUUCCGCAACAUCAUUUUCUAACUCAGCGUGGGGUCCGUGCAGAGCAGAU